AUGAAAGGACUCUUCAAGAGCUUAACGCUCUCGUUACCAUUGAGUCUUGCCGCUCUCUCCAGCGCACAGGAAGUUCAAUGGCCGCUUCGAAGCAACGGUCUCACAGACUUGGUCGAGUGGGACCACUACAGCUUCAAGGUCAAUGGCGAACGUUUGUUUAUUUGGUCCGGAGAGAUGCACUACUGGAGAAUCCCAGUCCCCGAACUGUGGGUUGAUGUCCUACACAAGGUGAAGGCUGCUGGAUUCAACGCAGUCUCUUUUUACUCUCAUUGGGGAUACCACGCUCCUCGUGACGGUAUUGUAGACUUCGAAUCUGGAGCUCACAACAUCACCAGCUUGUUCGAGACAUGCAAAUCCCUGGGUCUAUACAUAUUCUACCGCCCUGGACCCUAUAUUAACGCAGAAAGUACUGGCGGUGGUUUCCCAGGCUGGGUCACAACUGGUGCCUACGGAUCUCUUCGCAACAACGACACGAGAUAUACUGAAGCCUGGAAGCCCUACAUUGAGACCGUCAACGGUAUCAUUGCUGAGCACUCUAUUGUCAAUGGCGGCAAUGUGAUUUUCUACCAGGUUGAGAAUGAGUAUGGUUACCAAUGGACCAACACCGCUCAGAGAACCCCCAACGAGACUGCCAUUCACUACAUGGAGCUUCUCGAGACUGUUGCAAACGACACUGGUAUCAACAUGCCUACCGUACACAACAACCCCAACCUUGGUAGCAAGUCUUGGAGCAUGGACUACGAUAUCAAUGACGUUGGUGGUGACACUUGGCUUUAUGCAGUGGAUAACUACCCUUCUUGCUGGAGUUGCAACCUUCAAGAGUGUAGUUCUACCAACUCUCCUGCCCCUGACUUCACAGUUCUCGACUACUAUACUCACUUCCAGGAGACUGCUCCUGGAGAUCCUUCUUUCUUCGCUGAGUUCCAAGGUGGAAGCUACAACCCGUGGGAUGGCCCCGCGGGUGGAUGCAGAAACAACACUGGGCCUGACUGGGUGAACGUGUUCUACAGAAACAACAUUGCUCAAAAGGUCACUGCUCAUAACAUGUACAUGCUGUACGGAGGUUACGACUAUUCUGCUCCUAUUCAAGAGGACCGCCUGAUUGGCGACAAGUACUCCGAGACAAAACUGCUUGGAUACUUCAUUCGCUCUGCUAAGGACCUUCCUCUGAUCGAGAGAGGUAUCAACGGCACAAACCUCACUACGAGCUCCAACGUGUUCACCCAGGUCCUGUACAACGUCGAGAACAAUGCUCAGUUCUACGUUGUCAGACACGCCAACACCAGUUUGCAGACUUCUCUCUCCUUCAAGCAGAACAUGACCACCUCUCUUGGACACUUCCAGGUGCCUCAGCAUGCCGCUGAUAUCCGUAUCAACGGAAGAGAGUCCAAGAUCCUCGUUUCCGACUACAACGCUGGAGAUCAGAAGAUCAUCUACUCUACCGCUGAAGUUCUGGCUGUCUCAAUCCAAAAUGGCAAGCCCAUCAUCGUCUUCUGGGUUCCUACUGGCGAGAGCGGAGAAUUCUACCUUAAGGGUGCUCAAAACGGUAACGUCAAGCAAUGCAAUGGCUGCUCCAGUGUUGGCUUCUACCAAACCAAAGAUGGCGUCAUUACCAGCUUCGCUCAGGGUUCUGGUAUGAGCGUCUCCCAGUAUGGUAACGGUGUCACUGCCGUCAUUGUGGACAGAUCCUAUGCUUACAAGCUUUGGCACCCUACCUUGACCAACGACCCUCAUGUUCCUCUUGACAAGACUGCAUUGGUCACUGGCCCAUACCUUGUCCGUACAGCAGCUGUAGAGAGAGACACUCUCGCCCUAGUCGGUGAUUACAACGGAACUACUCCUCUUGAAGUCUUUGCUGCAGGUGUCAAGAAGGUCACUUUCAACGGCGAAAGCGUCUCUGUCAAGGCCUCAGGCUACGGCAGUUUGAAGGGAGAGCUUUCUCACGACAAAGUUACUGUUCAGUCGCUAAGUGCCGCACUUCCUAAGUUGUCGCAAUGGAAGAUUGCUGAUGGUCUUCCUGAGCGUGAGGCCAGUUACGACGACUCAAAGUGGGUCAAUGCCAACCACACUACCACACCUCACUGGAAUAAGCCUGCCACCGACCACAUUCUUUAUGCCGAUGAGUACGGUUUCCACGGCGGUAACCUCCUCUGGCGUGGACGCUUUAAUGGUACCAGCAGUGGUGCUUUCAUCAAUGUCAUUGGUGGUACUGGUAGUGGUUGGUCUGCUUGGUUGAACGGCAAGUUUAUCGGAUCAACAUUCGGUGACAUCAAGCUCUCCCAGACCAACCAGACUCUCAAGUUUGGUGAUGCGGUCAAAGCUGGAGAAAACGUUCUUCUCGUCAUUCAAGACCACAUGGGCAAGGACCAGACUACUGGUGCCAUCAAUCCUCGCGGUAUCCUCAACGCCACCUUGACCGACGGUGCGAAGUUCUCUUCGUGGAAGGUCGCUGGUAAGGCCGGUGGUGGUGCCAACAUCGACCCCGUUCGUGGUCCUUACAACGAAGGUGGUCUUCACGCUGAGCGUCUCGGCUGGCACUUGCCCGGCUUCGACGACAGCAAGUGGGCUUCUGGCUCACCUUCUACUGGCCUCAGCACUGCAGGUGCCAACUUCUACCGCACCACACUUGCUCUUGACUUGCCUGAGGGUCAUGAUGUCUCAUUGGCUUUCAACCUUCACGCGACCAAGAGUAAGAAGCUCAGAGCUCAACUCUAUGUCAACGGUUACCAAUUUGGCAAGUUUGUUCCAUACAUUGGUAAUCAGGUUGAGUUCCCUGUCUUCCCUGGUAUCUUGAACUAUCAUGGCAACAACACUAUUGGUCUGUCGAUUUGGUCUCAGGACAACGUUGAGGCAAGCGUUUCUGUCGACGUCAGUGUCCUCGGUGUACACUCUUCGGGCUUCGAUGUUGGGUUUGAUUCAACCUACCUUAGACCUGGAUGGACGAACGAGAGACUGCAAUACUACUAGCCUCGUUGAGUGCUUGGCUUACGAAAAGUAAUGGGAGAGCCGAU